AUGGAAGAGAAAUCGGAAAAUUCAAAAGCAGCUGAUAUAUACGCGUUGGGGAUGACUAUCCUGGAGGCUAUGACGGGAAGCAUUCCGUAUGUGGAAGUACCGAACGAAAUAGUGGUGAUGAGGAAGAUCACAGAAGGAACACUCCCUCCGCGCCCUGAGGCGCAUAUACCCAUUAGUUGUUAUCGUGCCAGCACCCUUUGGCACUUAAUGAACCAGUGCUGGAGUCGUAAUCCCCAGACUCGUCCAACCGCCAUUCAGGUGCAGGAGCGGGUCUCUCAACUAGCUUAUUCGUAUUCAGACACCUGA